AUGGUGCUGCUGCUGGGGGCGGUUCUUCCGCGCUGGGAGGCCCGACCUCGCCUAAGGCAGUGGCACCCUCUGCGGCCGCUCCACAGGACCCCGGGCGCCGCCAUCUUAACCAGAACGGAAGCCGCGCGGGGACCUGAGGCGCGCGCGCGCAGCCCCUCGGAACCCGGAAGCGGGGGCUCCACGCGGCUGGAAUCCAGGCCGCCUCUGGGCUGUACCGCAGCUGCAGACCCCACGAUGGCGCAGGAGCAAGACCUGGGGUCCUCUGCCCCUGCCUGUUCUCAGACACUUCUGGACGCUGUGCUCCAGAACCUCUACGACUUUGGAGAGACAGAAGAGGAAGCAGAACAGAAAAGGAUCAGAAAGAAAAGGGAAAACAAGAAGAGAGAUGAGGGGACUUCAGUGGUCUUGGCAGCAGAGCCAGCUCCCCAACUCAGUUCUCUUGUAAGAGGCCAGAGGAAGAGUGCUUCCAGCUUCUUCAAGGAACUCAGAGAAGAGCUGCAAUGUGCUCCUGCUGUGACCUCCACCGGUUCCCCUUUAGGACCAGAAGUUCCUAGCGCUUCAGUGUCUCCUCCCCUGAAGAAGAACAGAGAGCGAGUACAAGUGGUAGAAUUUCACAGCAGAAAUAAAAAAAGAAAACAGAAGCCAGAUCAAGACGAGAACAGAAAGACCAAAACUAGUAUCCUUGAGAAAGAUGUGGAUAUACAAGAAUUUAACUUAGAGAAGGCUCGUUUGGAAGUGCACCGGUUUGGGAUCACAGGUUAUGGAAAAGGAAAGGAAAGAGUCCUGGAACAGGAACGCGCCAUUAUGCUGGGUGCCAAGCCUCCCAAAAAUAGUUAUGUGAAUUACAAGGUUUUGCAGGAGCAAAUCAAAGAAAAAAAGGCAGCAAAAGAAGAAGAAAAGAGAAGGGCCCAGGACACAGAUAUUUUCAAGAAAAAGAAGAGGAAAGGGCAGGAAGACAGGAAAUCCAAAAGGAAGAAAUCAGCUCCCAGUAUUUUGUCAAGUGGACGGACUGGACAGAUUGGAAAAUUCAAAAAUGGGACACUGAUUCUGAGCCGAGUUGAUAUUAAGAAAAUAAAUUCUUCCCGAGUGCCAAAAUGAAGUACUUUGUAAAAGAAAGAGAGGAACAGGAGAGUGCCGUGAUCCUGAAACUGGACCCCAAUAAGACUUCCAGAUUGUUAUUUAUUUCAUAUUUCACAGACGGCUUUUUUUAUUUUAGGGAAAAAAAUCAGAUAAAAAUAAUAAAAUUUGGGACCAGCCCCAUGGCCAAGUGGUUAAGUUCGCGCAUUCUGCUUUGGCG